AUGUUGCGAUCUCUUCUGUCAAAGGGAUCGAUUCCGCUCAGAGCAAGUUUCACCCGCCUCACCAGCCCCCAGAGCCACGCAGCCGCCUUCGGCACCACUACCGCAAAGAUGGCGACCACCUCGGGAAACAGGGACCCAAACACCCUCUCCAACUACGGUGCCUGGCUGACCAAGCACACCACGGCCAACUUCACCAUCGACUUCAAGGACAAGUCCCUCAAGGGCUCCGUCACGCUCGAGCUCGAGUCCCUGACGGAUAAGCAGAGCAAGGAGAUUAUCCUCGACUCGAGCUUCCUCUCAAUCUCGGGCGUCAAGGUCAACGCCGCCACCUCCACCUGGGAGCUCAAGGACCGUGUGGAGCCCUACGGCGCACCACUGCAUGUCUUUGUGCCCCAGGGCGCCGCAAAGGGCGACAUCGUCAAGGUGGAUGUCGACCUGGCCACCACGGACAAGUGCACCGCGCUGCAGUGGCUCACGCCCGCCCAGACGAGCAACAAGAAGCAUCCGUACAUGUUCUCGCAGUGUCAGGCCAUCCAUGCUCGCUCGCUUUUCCCCUGCCAGGACACUCCAGACGUCAAGUCGACGUACACCUUUGUCCUCGCGUCGCCACUGCCUGUCGUUGCCAGCGGCGUCCUCGUCGAGGGCGAGGCCGAGAAGAAGGGCGAUGACACGGUGUACCGUUUCGAGCAGAAGGUUCCGAUCCCAUCGUAUCUGUUCGCGCUGGCAUCCGGCGACAUCGCAACGGCGCCCAUAGGCCCUCGCAGCAUCGUCGCUACGGGACCCGACGAGCUCAAGGAGUCGCAGUGGGAGCUGCAGAACGACAUGGAGAAGUUCAUGGAGGUCGCCGAGAAGCUCGUGUUCCCCUACCGAUGGGGCCAGUACAACGUGCUGGUGCUCCCGCCCAGCUUCCCCUACGGAGGCAUGGAGAACCCCAUCUACACCUUUGCGACCCCGACCAUCAUCAGCGGCGACAAGCAGAACGUGGACGUCAUCGCCCAUGAGCUGAGUCACUCUUGGAGUGGAAACCUGGUCACCAGCUGCAGCUGGGAGCACUUCUGGCUCAACGAGGGAUGGACCACGUACCUCGAGCGCCGUAUUGGCAUGGCUGUUCAUGGCGACGCGGAGCGCGACUUUUCUGCCAUUAUUGGCUGGAAGGCUCUCGAGGACGCCGUCGCUCUUUUCGGCCAGGAUUCCGAAUUCACCAAGCUCAUCAUCAACCACAAGGGCAUCGACCCCGACGAUGCCUUCAGCACCGUCCCUUAUGAGAAGGGGUUCCAUUUUCUCUACUACCUCGAGGGCCUUGUUGGCCGCGAUGCCUUUGACAAGUUCAUUCCCCACUACUUCACCAAGUGGUCUCGCAAGUCCCUCGACUCUUUCGAGUUCAAGGAGACCUUCCUCGCCUUCUUCAACGGCCUCGGCGACGAGGAGAUCAAGAACAAGGUUACCUCCGUCGACUGGGACAAGUGGUUCUACCAGCCCGGUCUGCCGCCCAAGCCCGAGUUCGAUACAACCCUGGCGGAUGUCUGCUACAAGCUCGCCGAGAACUGGAAGGACGAGAGCUUCAAGCCCUCUCCCGAGGACGUCGCCUCCUUCUCCGGAAACCAGAAGCUGGUCCUGCUCGAAACCAUCGAGAAGUUCCCCAGCCCCCUGUCCGCCGACCGCGCGCGCCUUCUGGGAACCACGUACGACCUCGUCUCGUCGCGCAACGCCGAACUCAAGACGGCCUACUAUAAAAUCGCCCUCGCCGCCGAGGACUCAUCCGCGUACCAGGGCGCCGCCGACCUGCUGGGCAACGUCGGCCGCAUGAAGUUCGUGAGGCCCCUGUUCCGCUCGCUGAACAAGGUCGACCGCGAGCUUGCGCUCAAGACGUUCGAGAAGAACAGGGACUUUUACCACCCUAUCUGCAGGGGAAUGGUGGAGAAGGAUCUUGGUCUUGUGUAA